AUGGAUUUUUGGCAAGAAAUCAUUGAACCUGAUACUGUUCCAACAGUAGAGCCAGUGAAAUCACAAUAUAAUACUGCUUGGCUAGUUGGAUCCACAAUUGUCCAAGAAUUCCAUGUGAUGAUUCAAGAAGGCCUUGAGUAUUCAUAUUUAACAAACGGCCUGGUGGACAUGCAGCUCUGGGUGCCACACGAUGACCUGAGUACCCUCUAUUAUGACCUGGGCGACCCCAUCCUGGGCAGACCACCUCUGAGUACCUCCCAUCAUCAUCCUCAGCGGGGUCUCCUGUCACCACCAGCCGUCGAGUGCCCACAUGAGCGGCCUCUGGCUGCGUGCCAUCAUCCGACCAGCACCUCCAAGAGGAUUCUUUGGAUUCUGAGCGCAGAUGACUUAGUGAAGAAGCUCAAGGCGCAGCUUGAUCAGGAUCUGGAUCAUAACUGCACUCCAAUAGGCCCUUGUGGAUCCUAUGGCGCACCAUUCAAGAUUACUUGUGCCACCUUUGGAUAUACAGUUGUUGGGAAAGGGACAACUUCAAGGCUCUGGACAGAGGUGUCACGCGAAGCUGAGGUUUACCGUGUCCUUCAGUGUGUCCAAGGAUCGGCUGCUCCAGUCUUUCUUGGGGCGAUCAAUUUGGCCCAGAUCUACUUCCUCCACAGUGCAGGAAAAAUCCGUCAUAUGCUCCUGAAGGGCUGGGGUGGCGAGAGCAUGAGCCAUAUAACCCUGGAUAAGACCAUCCACCGUGCGAUUUCUCGGUUGAUGAAGGAGAUCCGUUCUUUGGGCAUUUCACACCAGGAUCUUUGUCUGGAAAACAUCUUGUGGAAUGCUGAGCUCAAACAAGCCUUAAUUAUUGACUUCCAUCAAUACAAAUUGGACCGCCAGCCGAUGCACAAGCGUCCAGGUCCUCUCAAACGAUUACGGCGUGGACCCGAGGAAUGUGAAUCUAAAAGAUUGCGUGUGGUGUGA